UUCUGUAAUUACACGCGAGUUGGCCCAGAACCGAGGGAGGCACGCCAACAAAAAGGACAAAGCCAAGGAAGAACCAACAGGACCAACAGGACCAACAGGACCAACAAGUUGCCAGCCCAAUCAGGAACUCGAUUCCCAGGAAGCGAAAGCAGCAAAACGGCAGCCGUGGAUACCAAGGAGCUGCGCAGCUCAGCCACUGUGAAGGUGACGUCGGCGCCCCCCCCGCUGACGACGCUGCCCCCCCCGACGAAGACGACGACGCCCCUGACAAUUUGUCAGCCGCCCCCGCCCACUCCGCCCUACCAGCGGCUCACCAAGGCGCUGCAAUGCGAUCCGCGCUGCGGCCACGAGGUAACCAUCGGCCGUCGCAUUGGCCUCUACAGAUUCUGUGGCGACAUCGGACGCGGCAACUUCUCCAAAGUGAAACUCGCUGUCCACCAGCUGACGCGUGACAAAGUGGCCAUUAAGGUGGUGGACCUGGAUCGGGCCGGACUCGAUGCCAAGGCGCUGCGAAUGCUGUCCAGCGAGAUAGCCACUCUCGAGUGUGUUCACCAUCCAAAUAUACUGAGGCUUUUCGAGGUGGUUGAAACUCUGGGCCGGGUCUACCUGGUCACCGAGUGGAUUCGCGGUGGCGAGCUGUACAACCACAUCACCCAAGGCGGUCCACUGAGGGAGAUUCAUGCGGCUCCGCUGCUGAAGCAGCUCCUCCUGGCAGUCAAACAUAUGCACAGUCUGGGCUACGUGCAUCGGGACAUCAAGGCGGAGAAUGUCCUGCUCCUCUCCGAGGAUCGCCUCAAGCUGGCCGACUUCGGUUUCAGCACCCAACUCAUCAAUGGUGCCAAUCAAAAGCUCGACACGUUCUGCGGAUCCCCGCCGUAUGCGGCCCCCGAGCUCUUCUCCGAUGACCACUACAUUGGAGCACCCGUGGAUGUGUGGGCCCUGGGCAUCCUGCUCUACUUCAUGGUGGUCGGAAACAUGCCCUUCCGGGCACCCACGAUUCCCGGCCUGAAAGCGGCCAUCCUGAAGGGCGACUAUCUGCUGCCCGGUCAGCUCAGCUUGCCCUGCAUAAGACUUAUACAACGCAUCCUGAUCCACAUACCCGCCCAGCGGCCAACCAUCGACGACAUGCUGAACAGCCAGUUUGUGACCUGUCCCAAGCUAAGCGCAGACCUGAUGCAGUGGGAGAUCAACCAGCACAGCAAGCCGGUCAAGAGGUCCAUCUUCUGGGUGCGCAGCAAGUCCCAUCGGCUGCGGAAGUCCGCCUCACUAAGGGAUCGCUAUGCGGAGGUGGUCAAGAAGCCGGCCAUCAGCAUGAACACCAGGCAGCAGGACGAGAUGUUUGUGCAGAACUUCCUGCAACCGAUCGAGAUGGGUCACGAACUUUUGGCGCCGGCAUCAAGUCAGCUGAAGGAGCCACAGGCCACCGAGCAGGCAAAGCGUCCAGCCAGGAGAUACAUGUUCUGUGGCAGCCUCAAGAAGAAGGUCACGCCCAUGGAAACGGAACCGGAGAAGCAGCUGGCCAACGGUGGACAGUGCGGCUCGGCCAAGAUCAAUCCGUGGAACGUGGAGGUGGCCGACGAUUGUCCCCUGUUCAAGAACUACGAUGCGGAGACGGGCAGCUGCGUCAUGCUGCCCACGAGCACCGAGGAUCUGAGCCAGCUGGGUGCACUGGAGUUCGAGGCGCGGCAGAUCCUGGCCGAGCUGGGCCUGACCUCUGAGAUGCUGAUCAACGCCAGGCAGAGUGGACCCCGCUCCGACAUCAUCGGCGCCUACAGGAUCGUGGUCAAUCGGUUGCAGAAGCAGUCCUGGCUGGCACGCAAGCACGUGGAGAUGGCCCUGCACAGCGAGCCCAAGGCGGAGAAGCGGAUUGAGAGAUCGUGCUGCAUACUCUAAGGCAUCCGAAAAUAGUUGUUGAAUGUUCAUAUUACUCUCCUGGUUCUACUGGGUCCUUGAUGGGUUCCCCGAUGGGAAAGGCAAACUGGGGGUUUCUCAGCCACUUUGCGUUUUUGAAAGGAAACUAAAGUUCAAAGAACACCAAGAUGGAUUAACAAAAAGUAGCUCAAAAGUCCCUCCUUUCUAGAGGCUAGUCCAUUUUAAUCAGCUUUCCAUAUCCAAGAUUGUUGUGUGUGUUCCCAGUGCUUGAUUUGGAACCAUCAAAUUGAGAUUAGAAAAGUUUAUAGUGAAUACAAUACAGAAUUUACCCUGAAUAUCCAAAAAAAGGAGGGAUGAAAUGCUAAAUUUUAAUGCAUUUGAAGAGCAAGCAACAAAAAUGGGUCACUUAUAGAAAAAAUUGGUCAGAUGCAAAUUGUAGGAGAAGUGGAUACUUUGAUCUGCAAAUCCCAGUUUGCCUUUCUGCGGGAAUUAGCCCGGAAGACCAGAGGUCAAGCCCAAUUAGUGUCAAUUUUCCAGCUGCGUAGCCGCGUGUUUGUUGUUAACGUAGUUUCCUACAUCCUCAUCUUGGUUACUCAUUCGAGAAAGUUCCUUGGUUCGUGUAGCUUGAGUUUGUCCAGCCGUUGAGUCCAGAGGCGGAUAGCAAAGUUGAUAUAUACAUAUAUAUAGAUAUAUACAUAUAGUCCA